CCGCGCACCUUUCCCGACCAGCGGCCGCCGCUCCGGGCGCGGGCAGGGACCCCAGCAGGGCGCAGGGCCCGGCCCUCGGCUGUCGCGGGCGGGAGCCGGCGCGCCGCGGCCCCCAGGACACGCGCGGACCCACCACUGCUCCCUGCCGAUCAUGAACAAGAUGAAGAACUUUAAGCGCCGCUUCUCCCUAUCCGUGCCCCGCACUGAGACCAUUGAGGAGUCCUUGGCGGAGUUCACAGAGCAGUUCAACCAGCUCCACAACCGGCGCAACGAGGACCUGCAGCUUGGUCCUCUUGGUGGAGAUCCCCAGCCAGAGUCCAGCACCUUCUCCCCCACAGACAGUGGGGAGGACCCCGGGCAGCCGUCCCCAGGUGUGCAGUACCGGCGGCAGAACCAACGCCGCUUCUCCAUGGAGGACAUCAGUAAGAGGCUCUCUCUGCCCAUGGACAUCCGCCUGCCCCAGGAGUUCCUGCAGAAGCUGCAGCUGGAGAGCCCAGACCUGCCCAAACCGCUCACCCGAAUGUCCCGCCGCGCCUCCCUGUCAGAUAUCGGCUUUGGGAAACUGGAAACAUACGUGAAACUGGACAAACUGGGGGAGGGAACCUAUGCCACAGUCUUCAAGGGGCGCAGCAAACUGACAGAGAACCUCGUGGCCCUGAAGGAGAUCCGGCUGGAGCACGAGGAGGGGGCGCCCUGCACUGCCAUCCGCGAGGUGUCUCUCCUGCGGAACCUGAAGCACGCCAACAUCGUGACCCUGCAUGACCUCGUGCACACGGCGCGCUCCCUCACCCUGGUGUUUGAGUACCUGGACCGUGACCUGAAGCAGUAUCUGGACCACUGUGGGAACCUCAUGAGCAUGCACAACGUCAAGAUUUUCAUGUUCCAGCUGCUCCGGGGCCUCGCCUACUGCCACCGCCGCAAGAUCCUGCACCGGGACCUGAAGCCCCAGAACCUGCUCAUCAACGAGAGAGGGGAGCUGAAGCUGGCCGAUUUUGGACUGGCCCGGGCCAAGUCAGUGCCCACGAAGACCUACUCCAAUGAGGUGGUGACCCUGUGGUACAGGCCCCCCGACGUGCUGCUGGGGUCCACGGAGUACUCCACCCCCCUAGACAUGUGGGGUGUGGGCUGCAUCCACUACGAGAUGGCCACAGGGAGGCCGCUCUUCCCCGGCUCCACGGUCAAGGAGGAGCUGCACCUCAUCUUCCGACUCCUCGGGACCCCCACGGAAGAGACGUGGCCCGGUGUGAUGGCCCUGUCGGAGUUCCGAGCCUACAACUUCCCCCGGUACCUCCCCCAGCCGCUCCUCAGCCACGCUCCCAGGUUGGACCCUGACGGCAUCAACCUCCUGAGCAGCCUCCUCCUGUAUGAAUCCAAGAGCCGCGUGUCAGCAGAGGCGGCCCUGAGGCACCCCUACUUCCGGUCUCUGGGGGAGCGCGUGCACCAGCUGGAAGACACUGCCUCCCUCUUCUCCCUGAAGGAGAUCCAGCUCCAGAAGGACCCCGGCUACCGGGGUCUGGCCUUCCAGCAGCCAGGGCGAGGGAAGAACCGCCGACAGAGCAUCUUCUGAGCUGUGCCCGCCCUCCUGUGGCCCAGGGGCGAGAGGUCACACCGUGCACAGCUGCAGCGGGAUGGGGCCCGUGUGGCCUCGGAGGACAGAUGCGUGAGGGCUGGUGGCCGGCCCGGGAGACCUUGGGCAGCCCAGCUGGCCAUGGCUGCUUCCUCUCCCUGCUUCCCAUGUGCCUCCCCAGACACCAACCCCUUGGCCCAGACACCAACCCCUCCACUGCCUGCCCUGGGGCCAGGCAUGAGCUCCUUCCUUUGGAAGAGGUGGUGGGCAGAGAGCAACCUCAGGCACUUUCCCACCCUGAAGCCCUUGGGCACCAGCGGGGAACCCACAGGGACUGGAGAGUCCAGAGGCUGAGCUGAGCACUGUGCCUUGGACAUGGGCGCCACUGUGCCCCCCGACCUCCCGGGGGCCUGCCUGCCUGCCUGCCUCAUCAGUUUGGUUGAGACCCUUUCAGGCCCCUGGGAGCCCGCACAUCUUUCCCCUGUUUCCCCUCUGAGAGCAGGAAGUGACAUGGCACCUUGCCUGGGACCCUGGAACCCUGGGUGCCAACGUUUGUGCCAAAGCCCCUCCCACCUGCGGGGGCGGCCGUCCCCAGAGCAACAGAGCCACACCCCUCUCCCAUUCCCCCUGACUUAUCCCCACGGCCCGCUCCUUGCCAGGGGCCCCGUGUGCUGCUGGUGGCCCAGCCAGUCCCACGGGGCCCUGGCUUCCUGGCCACGCUCCUGCAGCUCGGUGGAGCCCGCCCUCCCCCCCAGUCUGAGCGGGAUCGCCUUAAACUGCAGGCGGUGGGGCACUGCCCUGGGAGCUCUGCCUCCCGCUCCUACCAGUCUGCCCUCUCCUGAGAGCUCUUCCUGCUUAUCCCCGAGUGCGGGGGUGGCCGUCCCCAGAGCGACAGAGCUGCACCCCCCUCUCCCAUUCCCCCCGACUUGUCCCCACGGCCCGCUCCUUGCCAGGGGCCCCGUGUGCUGCUGGUGGCCCAGCCAGUCCCACGGGGCCCUGGACCAGCAUCCUGCGGGCAGCGCCUGGGUGUGCAGGCUCACCCUGAGCCUGGUGUCAGGCCGGCCCCAGCUCCAUGGUGUUGCACAGCCUUCCUCUUCUGCUCCUCCCCGGUGCCCGUGGCUCUGUCCUUGCUCCGGCCUGACUGGAGCCUCCCCAUGCCCAGAGGAGGCCAGGCCCACAGUCUGAGGUGCAGGAAGGUGGGGCGGGAUGAGGUUGGCUCUUACCCUGAGCCCCAGGGGACCGGGAGUGUGCCGGGCCACGGCCCCAGAGAAGGCGCCUCCACCCCCCUAUGGAACACACCUCUUGUAUUCCCAAAGUCUCAACACUGGGCUGGGUCUUAGACGUCAAGGCCAAAGGGAGGCCAGGCCCCCUGCCCACCCUCUUCUGCCUGAGGAGCAGCCCUGGAGGGUCUUGGCUUCCCCGUAAGUCCCCACCCCCACCCCCGCCACUGUACUGUGAAUAUCCUGUGACUCAGCAUAAAGACAGAUAAUAUAUUUAAUUCAUGUGGUUCAGAAA